UAGUUAAAUAUAAGAUAGUUUGAAAGUGGGAACACUAAUGGUUGGAAAAAUCAGAGGUUUCAUACAUUAGAUGCUACCUGGACUGUAUCUCAUUUAUUUAUUUAUUUAUUUUUGAUUCUGCAGUAGCAAUUUAUUUAUUUAUUUUAAAAGUCUUUUUUUUUUUAUUAUAACUUUUUAUUGACAGAACCCAUGCCAGGGUAAUUUUUUACAACAUUAUCCCUUACACUCACUUCUGUUCUGAUUUUUUCCCUCCCUCCCUCUACCCCCUCCCCAAGAUGGCAAGCAGUCCGAUAUAUGUUAAAUAUGUCACAGUAUAUUCUAUGUGUGCAGAACCGAACAGUUCUCUUGUUGCACAGGGAGAGUUGGAUUCAGAAGGUAGAAAUAACCCCGGGAAGAAAAACAAAAAUGCAAACAGUUUACAUUCUUUUUCCAGUGUUCUUUCUUUGGGUGUAGCUGCUUCUGUUCAUCAUUGAUCAGUUGGAACUGAGUUAGAUCUCUUUGUCAAAGAAAUCCACUUCCAUCAGAAUACAUCCUCAUACAGUAUUGUUGUUGAAGUGAUCGCCUGGUUCUGCUCAUUUCACUUAGCAUCAGUUCAUGUAAGUCUCUCCAAUCCUCUCUGUAUUCAUCCUGCUGGUCAUUUCUUACAGAACAAUAAUAUUCCAUAACAUUCAUAUACCACAAUUUAUUUAGCCAUUCUCCAAUUGAUGGGCAUCCACUCAGUUUCCAUCUUUUGAAUCCAAUUUAUCUUUGCCCUCUCUCUCUCAAGUACUUCCUUUCAUGGGCUGUGGUAGCCCAGCAAAACUCAACUUCUUCCUCCACGUAAUGCACAGACUACCCUAGAUUAAGGUUCUCAGCUCAGCUUGUAGAAACCCUUUCCAUUCUUCAAGGUCCAGUCCAGACACCAGCUUCUCUGGAAAGUCUGCUCCAUUGUCUCCCACCCCAACAGAAAACAAUCUGCCUCACAUUUUCCUGGAGCUCUUUGCAUCUUUCUUUUGGUUCUGCUAUUUUCUACAUUAUAUCAUUUAUUUGUGUACCUAUAUACUGCAAGUACUUGAAAAUCCUGGACUUAGUGCUAUAGGGCAACAGGGUCCUGUGAGUGCCUAAUUAAAAAAAAAAAAUCACAACAUAUUUAGGUAAUUGAAUUGAACUGAAAUAAAUUUGACCCUAGCCCAAGUUUCCUAAAAUUUCCUUUCCCCUCCACUUCUUUCUUCUUCCCAACUAGAGACAGCAGGGAAUUGGGCUCUUGGCCAAGCGGCCUCAGGUGCUCCAUCCUUCUCCAUCAGUGAUCCACACACAAGUUCGCAAGGAAGCGAACCAGCAAGAGGAUGAGUCCUCCCAGCGGCCCAGAGCAGACCCGGAAGUAUUAUGGGAGGCUGUUGUUGCCCGGAGCGAAUUAGUGAGUGAUCCACUUCCGGCUGUUAGACUUCUCUGGGUUUUCCAGUCUCCAAACCAAACCUGAUUUUCCAGUUGGAGCAAGGAGAAGAACCAUGGGACCUGGAACAGCAGAGUACUGAGGAAAGAGAGGACACCUGGAAAGACUUGAAAAGAGCAGGAUUUCAAGUUUCCAAACCUGAGCUGAUUUUCCAACUGGAGCAAGAGGAAGAACUGUGAGACCUUGAUCUACAGAGAACUAAGAAAAGAGAGGAGAUCCUGAGAGACUUCAGUAGAAAUUCUGAGAUAAGGACUGAGAACAAUAUCAUUUCAAGAUAUAGAAGAUAUAGAAUUAUACGGAGAGAUAUCAAAAAUACUUCUAAAGGUCAUUCCUCAAAAAUAUGGUUUUGAAAAAACUUGUGAAACAGAACGAAAUUUAUUGAGUCAACAGGGAAACUCUUCAGAGUUAAUUUCACUGGAGAAAAACUUCAAGCCAAUAACUGUGACCCAUAAGCAAAAUUCUAUGGAGGAAAGGAGCCUGGAAUUUUGGAAAGACUCCAUUAUGAAUUCAGACCUUAAUAUCCUUCAAGAUAAUACUGUAGGACAGCAACCCCAUAAAUGUAAUGUCUGUACCCAAAACUUCAGAUACAUUUCUGAUCUUAUUCAUCACCAGAGAAUUCAUACUAGGGAGAAAGCUUAUAGAUGUGAUGAAUGUGGAAAAGACUUUAGAAAAAGCUCACAACUUAUUCAGCAUCAUAGGAUCCAUACUGGAGAGAAACCCUAUAGUUGUGAAGAAUGUGGCAAAGCCUUUAGUCAGAGCUCUCAACUUAUUCGACAUCAGAGAACUCAUACUGGAGAAAAACCAUAUAAAUGUGAUGAAUGUUGGAAAGACUUUAGUCAGAGAGCAAAUCUUAUACAACAUCAGAGCAUUCACACUGGUGAGAAACCUUAUGAAUGUGAUGAAUGUUGUAAAGCCUUCAGUUUGAACUCACAACUUAUUCGACAUCAACGAACUCACACUGGAGAGAAACCCCACAAAUGUUGUGAAUGUGGUAAAGCCUUCAGCCAGAAAGGAAAUCUUAUUCAGCAUCAGAUAACUCAUACUGGAGAGAAACCCCAUGAAUGUAAUGAAUGUGGAAAAGGCUUCAGUCAGAGAGCGAACCUUGUUCAACAUCAGAGAACUCAUAGUGGAGAAAAACCCUAUGAAUGUAAUAUAUGUGGGAAAGGCUUUAGUUGGAGUUCUCGACUUAUUAGACAUCAGAGGACCCAUACUGGAGAAAAACCCUUUGUAUGUGAGGAAUGUGGUAAAGCUUUCAGUGUGAACUCAGAACUUAUGUUGCAUCAGAGAAAUCAUACUGGAGAGAAUCCUUAUAAAUGUAAUGAAUGUGGGAAGGAUUUCAGUAGGAGUUCAAAUCUUAUUCAGCAUCAAAGAAUUCACACUGGAGAGAAACCUUUUAUGUGUAAUAAAUGUGGUAAACUCUUCAGUCAAAGAACAAAUCUCUUUAAACAUCAGAUAAUUCACUCUGGAGAAAAUUAAUAUAAGUAUAAUGAAUGAACAAAAGGCUUCCAUAAAGAAUACUUUUUGACUCUUAAUGGUCAGGUUAGAUUAAGAGAGUAGCUGUUCCCAGAAAUCAGUUGAAACUUACUAAUGUCUCAAAAUUCUUUGGAGAAAAUGGGAAAAAAGCCUUUUCAUCAAAGCUCACAACUUCAGAAAUUCACAUGAACCUAUAUACUGUAAUGAUUGGAAAUAUAUUUAGUUAGAACCCAAGUUUUAACAUCUGAAAUUUUGUAUAAGAGAUUUUCCUACCAAUAUGGGAGAGUCUUGGUGUCAGUGCAUCCUUUAGGAAUAUAGUAUUCACACUGGAAAGUGAUCAAAUAAGUGGAGAAAGCUACAGAAAGAUUCAAUGUAUUUACCCAAACUCAGAAGAUUCUUUAGGGCAAGGCUAUUUGGAAAUAUAGAAGUUAUUGGAAUCAGAUUAGAAAAACAUUGCUAAUCUCAUUUAUCUACUAGAAUUUGGAAGUAUCUUUAAAAAUUGUCAAGGUGAGAAUGAGGGUUUGAGGAUACAUUGACACACAGUAGGCCUGGACCUGAAAAAGGCCUGCUUGAAUACCAAGUAGCUUUUAGGGAGCAAAGUGAGACUCAAACCUUAUCUAGUAUCAGGGAAGACUAUCAAAAUUGACAUUAAUUAUCCUUAGCAGGAAACUAACAGAGAAGGAAAAUCAUGAAAAAUUGGUUUAACUGGAGAAGUAAUAUUAAUUUAAGUAACUUAAUGUGAAUUGUUUAUUUUGUAUGCUUAGUUGCCAAACAUUACUGUAACAAUUUUGCGUAAUACUACUUUUCAGAUUAACAUUGGUGUAGAUCAUAUUUGAGAACACAGCUUUGAAUGUUGAUCACAGAUGAACUUACCACAAUCAGUUGCCACUUAAAACUGUUAAAGAAAGAAAAAAAAAAAGCUCACAUUUAUAUGACAUUUUAAGGAUUACAAAGUGCUUUCCUUACAACAUUGUAGAGUUGUUGAUGGAUUGUAUAGUAUUUUUCUUUGUGAUAAAUUCCUUGUAAAACUUCAUCAAAACUUACUUGCUGCGAGUCAUCUCUGAAGGCAUAGAAUGAGUUUUGUAAUAACAGCAACAACUAACAUUUCUUAAUAGUGUUUGGGAUUUAUAAAACAUUUUUCUCCAUGAUAAGUGGUAAAAUAUUCUUAGUGUACAGAUGAAGAAACUGAAGCCCAAGAAGGUGAAGUAAUAAUAAAAAUGGUAACUGAUAUUCAAAUGGUGCUUAAAAAUUUGCAAAGCACUUUACCCAGAUUUUCAUAUUUGAAUCAUGUAAUAACCAGGUAAACUAAUUUUUAUUCCCAUGUACACACAGGAAACCAAUCCUUUGGACAGUUAAGUGAUUUGCCUGUGAUGACAUAGCUGAUUAGGGCUGAAAUUUGGACAUAAGUCUUCUGACUCCAGAUCCAAUGUUCUUUUCAAUAAUUUGCACUGUCUCUAAGAAAUAAUUUUCCUUAAAAAAUUAUUUUCAAACAAAUAUUUUCAUUUCUUUUUUCCCAUCACUUUCUCUUCUUUCUUUCCCAUUGAGAAAGCAAGAAAAAAAAUGCAAAACAAAAAAAACUGUUUCAAACACAUUGUAGAGUCAAACAAAGCAAUUUCCCAAAUUAGCCAUUUUAGAGAGAAACGAAAAUAUGCUUCAAUUUUUACUCUGAAUCCAACAGUCUUAUCUGGUAGUGGAUAAAAAUGUUUUAUUUUGA